AGUGCCAGACCACAUAUGCUCUCGCACGGCGGCAAUGGUGAACAAAUUCCAAUUCAAAUAUUUUACCGUCGCAGAGCAAAAUGAAGAGGAAACCCACCAUACACCUCGCCAACCUCUUGCGAUCUUGCAUCGACAAGAAAGCUCACCGUUCAGGCAAGAUCCUCCAUGCCCACACCCUCCGUUCCGGACUCUUCUCCGAUACCUUUCUAUCCAACCGCCUUAUUGAACUCUAUUCGAAAUGCAACAAGGCAGAUUCAGCAUACCAUGUGUUUGCAAAAAUGCCUCAGAAAGAUGUUUACUCAUGGAAUGCGAUCUUGUGUUGUUUCUGUAAAGCGGGGGAUUUGCGUGGCGCGCGUAAGGUGUUUGAGGAAAUGCCGGAGAGAAAUGUUGUUUCGUGGAACAACUUGAUUAGCGCAUUAGUGAGAAGUGGGUACCAGGACCAGGCAUUGGAUGUUUAUGAUGUAAUGAUGUCAGAAGGAUUUAUGCCUUCAUAUGUCACCUAUGCCAGUGUGUUGAGUGCAUGUGGUGCAGUCUUAGAUGUUGAAUUUGGGAGGAAAUGUCAUUGUCUUACCAUUAAGAUUGGUCUUGAUACGAAUGCAUAUGUCAGUAAUGGUCUGUUGAACUUGUAUUCUAAGUGUGGGCUUAUAGCAGAUGCUAUUCAAGUUUUUGGCAGCAUGGAUGAACCUAAUGAGGUUUCUUUUACUGCAAUGGUGGGUGGGUUGGCACAAAUGGAUAGAGUUUUAGAGGCUUUGGAAUUGUUUAAGCUGAUGUGUAAAAAUGGGAUUCAGAUUGAUUCUGUCUCAUUGUCUAGUGUUUUGGGUGUAUGUGCCAGAGACGGGUAUGGUGAAUAUGAUCAGAAUGAUAGCUUUUUGAGUAACGUACAUGGGCAACAAAUUCAUGGCCUUUUGAUUAAACUUGGUUUCGAAAGGGAUGUUCACUUGGGAAAUUCAUUGCUUGAUAUGUAUGCAAAGCAUGGGGAUAUGAGGAGUGCUGAGAUAAUAUUUUCUAAUUUGCCUGAACUCAGCAUUGUUUCAUGGAAUAUUAUGAUGGAUGGGUAUGGCCAGAAAUGUCAAAGUGAGAAAACCAUUGAGUAUCUACGAAGAAUGGAGCAUUGUGGGUUUGAACCAGAUGAGGUUACUUAUAUCCAUAUUCUUGCUGCGUGUGUUAAGUCUGGGGAUGUUGCCACAGCACGUCAGAUGUUUGAUAGCUUAUCAUGCCCUACUCUAAGUUCAUGGAAUACCAUACUUUCUGGGUAUUCCCAGCAUGAGAAUCACAAUGAAGCAAUAAAGCUUUUCAGGGAAAUGCAGUUUCAACAUGUAAAACCUGACCGGACUACCUUGGCUAUUAUCCUCAGCUCAUGUGCAGGAAUGAGCCUUCUGGAGGCUGGAAAACAGAUUCAUGCUGCCUCACAAAAGAUUGCCCUGUACCCCGAUACAUUUGUUGUAAGUGGGCUGAUUGGCAUGUACACAAAGUGUGGGAAGACUGAGAUGGCUGAGCGUAUAUUUUAUCGUGUACCCAAACUGGAUAUUGUCUGUUGGAAUACUAUGAUUGCAGGUUUUUCACAGAAUUCUCUAAACAAAGAAGCUUUCAUGCUUUUUAAGCAAAUGCUACUAAAACGAAUGGUCCCAACUCAAUUCUCUUAUGCAACUGUACUGAGCUGUUGUGCGAAAUUAUCUUCUUCAUUUCAAGGGCGACAGGUUCAUGCUCACACUGAAAAAGAUGGAUAUGUGACUGAUGUUGUUGUGGGGAGUGCUCUUAUUAAUAUGUAUUGUAAAUGUGGUGAUGUAUAUGAGGCCCGGCAGUUUUUCAAAACAAUGCGUGUUAGGAAUACUGUUACCUGGAAUGAGAUGAUACAUGGCUAUGCUCAAAAUGGACAUGGAAAUGAGGCUCUUGUUCUAUACCAAUGCAUGAUUGAAUCAGGCGAGAAACCUGAUGGCAUAACCUUCACUUCUGUCUUGACUGGUUGUAGUCAUUCAGGAAUGGUGGAUGCAGGGUUAGAAAUAUUCAAUUCAAUGCAGAGGGACCAUGGAAUAGGGCCAGAACUGGAUCACUAUACUUGUAUCAUUGACUCUCUUGGCCGAGCUGGUAGGUUUCAUGAGGCUGAAGUGCUUAUGGACAAGAUGCCAUAUAAAGAUGAUCCAAUCAUAUGGGAAGUUCUGCUUUCAUCUUGUAGAGUUCAUGCUAAUGUCAGUUUGGCCAAACGAGCGGCAGAGGAACUCUUCCAGUUGGACCCUGAAAAUUCUGCCCCUUAUGUGCUUUUAGCCAAUAUCUAUUCUUCCUUAGGAAGAUGGGAUGAAGCGAGGACUGUCAGAGAGCUGAUGACAGAUAGACAGAUUGUCAAGGAUCCUGGUUAUAGUUGGACUGAAGAUAAAGACCAGGAUACAAGGUUCUAUGUUGGAUGAUAAUGGAAUGUUUUAAAGUUGAUGACUCAAUGGUUUUACAUCAAAAUAUCACCUGAGGUGGCCAUGGUGCAGGUAAAGGGGGACAUAUAAACUUAACCAGUCCAUGUUUGUAGUCAUGUAGACUGUCAUCUGUUCCAAAGUUUGAAAAGUUGGUCCAUUCUUCACCAUUGUUUAUGUCAAAUUGUCAAUAAGUUUGAUGUAAUUCUUCACCAUAGGAAAAAGGAUUAUUGAUGUGAAGAUUUAUAUUUAUGAUGAGAAACAUCUUUUUCUUCAAAUUUCAAUUAGCCAGACCAGGUAGAGAGUCAGUCCGGACUAAAAACAUCUUUCUCAUUGUGAGUUACACAACAAAGGAUAAAGAUUCCUAAGGUUGCAUCUUUUCAUUCGACCCCUGCCACCAGCCAAAAGUGUAAGAAUAAAUGGAAAUCUCAAGCUAAUCUCAAAUGCCCGAUGGGAUGGUCAAAUUUUAAUAUUUCAAGCUUGAUUUUGUUCGAAAGAUAAGAAAACAAGUUCGAGCUUGAUUCUAAGAAUAAGCCUGGUGAUUCUUCUUGUCAAGUUUACCGUAUAGAUCAGGAUAUAAAGAGCACUCAACAAC